UAAAAUAAAAGUCAAUUUCCAACCACAAUACUUUUAAAACAUUGAAAUAAAAUAUUCUUUUUAAUUAUUUAAGAUUUUAAUUAAAUGCAAACGAUAUUAUAAUAAAUUUUACAAAAUAUCAACCAACAAAAUGAAGCUGUAUUGUUUAAGCAGCGACCCAAAUAAACCAUGUUCUGUAUUAUGUUUCAACGAGUUAACAGUAAUGUUAGAUUGUGGACUUUCGUCUCAAACAAUUUUAAACUUUCUACCAAUGCCAUUAGUUCCAAACGCAAGAUUAACAAAUUUACCAACUUGGAAUUCAAGAGAUUUAGGUGAAACUCAAUUAGAAGGCGAACUAAAAGAAUGUUGUGGGAAAGUUUUCGUCGAUUCACAACCGGAGUUCAGUCCUCCAUUGGAUAAUUUAAUUGAUUUUUCUCAAAUCGAUGUUAUUUUGAUAUCAAAUUACAUGUGUAUGCUUGCAUUACCUUUCAUUACCGAAGGAACCGGAUUUAAUGGUGUUGUUUAUGCUACCGAACCAACUUUGCAAAUUGGAAGAUUUUUUCUAGAAGAAUUAGUUGAAUUCAUUACACAAAGUCCAAAAUCGACACAUGCAACACAAUGGAAAAACUUAUUACAUAUUUUGCCUCCUCCGUUGUCUGAAAGUUUACGUCCAAAAUCAUGGCGUCAUAUUUACAAUAUGGACGCAGUGAAUUCAUCAUUGUCUCGUGUACAAAUGGUUGGAUAUGAUGAAAAACUAGAUGUGUAUGGAGGUUUACAGGUAAUCGCUGUUAGUUCUGGAUAUUGUUUAGGGUCGAGUAAUUGGAUAAUGAGUACUGAACAUGAAAAAAUUGCAUAUGUUAGUGGAUCAUCUACAUUAACAACACAUCCAAGACCUAUGGAUCAAGCGGCGUUAAGAGCCGCAGAUGUGCUAAUAAUGACUGGAUUAACACAAACUCCUGUUUCAAAUCCUGAUGGAAUGCUUGGAUUAUUGUGCAUGACAGUUGCAAUGACUUUACGGGCUGGUGGAAGUGUAUUAAUUCCAUGUUAUCCGUCAGGAGUUGUGUAUGAUUUAUUUGAAUGUUUAUCUUCAAAUCUGGAUAGUGCUGGAAUGUCUACCAUACCCAUGUAUUUCAUUUCACCUGUUGCUGAUACCUCUUUAGCAUAUUCCAAUAUAUUAGCGGAAUGGCUUUCAACUGCAAAACAAAAUAAAGUCUAUUUACCAGAAGAACCAUUUCCACAUGCAUUUUUAGUAAAAAAUUCUAGAUUGAAACAUUUCAAACACAUUUAUUCGGAGGGAUUUAGUACUGAUUUUCGACAACCUUGUGUGGUAUUUUGCGGUCAUCCUGGUCUUCGAUUUGGAGAUUCUGUUCAUUUUAUUGAGAUGUGGAGUAAUAACGCACAGAAUGUUGUUAUUUUCACUGAACCAGAUUUUGAUCACAACGAAGCCGCAGCUCCAUUUCAACCAAUGGCAAUGAAAAUUCUACAUUGUCCUAUCGAUACUUCAUUAAAUUUUACACAAGCAAAUAAAUUAAUACGUGAUUUAAAACCUGGUGCUUUAGUUGUACCUCAUUGUUAUACUUUACCGCCAGUUACUGCACCAAAUCGUACAGAUUUAGUAAUCGAUACUUCCGAUAGGCCAGUAUUAACAUUUAAAAAGGGCGAAGUUUUAACAUUACCCAUAAAACGAAAGAAAAGUCGAGUGUAUAUAGAUCCAAACAUUGCUUCAAAAUUAUUUCCGCGUGAAAUAAAAGCUGGUGUUAAUUUAUGUUCAAUUACUGGGCAUUUAGAUGUUAAAGAUAAUUUAAUAAACAUCGAGGAAAUUAAAAUCGAAAAAAAUGAAAAAGAUGAUAUUACGUUUCAAAAUACGGCCGAUAUCAAACAUGAAUUCGGAUCUUUGGAUGUUAACGAUUUUGUACAAAGAUUGUCACGUGAAGGUAUUAAAGAUGUAAAGGUUGAACCGGGACCAAGUGGAAUUUUUAUACAUUUGCCUAAUGAUGAUACUUUAAUUCAAGUUGAUGAUCAUUCAACACACAUUUUUUGUGAAGGCGAGCCUGAAUUACGAAUGUUACUACGAAAUACUUUGCUGAAUUGCUUAAAAAAUUUUUAA